AUAUUUCUCCAGUUUUCUCGCGCUGACUUUAUUUCUCGCGAGAACACCUCGUUUCCUCCUCUUUUACUCCCUGCGUUCCAACAUGGCAGUCGGCAAGAAUAAGAGGCUGACCAAAGGCGGCAAAAAAGGGGCCAAGAAGAAGAUCGUCGAUCCUUUCUCCAAGAAGGACUGGUACGAUGUUAAAGCCCCGGCCAUGUUCAACAUCCGCAACCUGGGCAAGACUCUGGUCACCAGGACUCAGGGAACCAGGAUCGCCUCUGACGGUCUGAAGGGCCGUGUGUUCGAGGUGAGUCUCGCUGACCUGCAGAAUGACGAGGUCGCCUUCCGCAAGUUCAAGCUCAUCACCGAGGACGUCCAGGGCAAGAACUGCCUGACCAACUUCCACGGCAUGGACCUGACCCGCGACAAGAUGUGCUCCAUGGUCAAGAAGUGGCAGACGAUGAUCGAGGCCCAUGUGGACGUGAAGACCACGGACGGUUACCUGCUGCGCCUGUUCUGCGUGGGCUUCACCAAGAAACGCUCCAAUCAGAUCCGCAAGACGUCGUACGCCCAGCACCAGCAGGUCCGCCAGAUCCGCAAGAAGAUGAUGGAGAUCAUGACCCGCGAGGUUCAGACCAACGAUCUCAAGGAGGUGGUGAACAAACUGAUCCCUGACAGUGUGGGGAAGGACAUUGAGAAAGCCUGCCAGUCCAUCUACCCACUGCACGACGUCUACGUCAGGAAGGUCAAGAUGCUCAAGAAGCCCAAGUUUGAGCUGGGGAAGCUGAUGGAGCUGCACGGUGAAGGUGGAAGCAGCAGCUCUGCUAAACCAGCGGAGGGCGACACCGGGGCAAAGGUGGAGAGAGCGGACGGAUACGAGCCCCCCGUCCAGGAGUCUGUGUAAAACUCUCACGCUCAUAGACAUGGCCAAUAAAGUUUGGAAAAUCA